GAUACUGAAGACAAUAAAAACGCAAUGCAUGGUUUCAGAGGUCAUUGUUUAACACGCAGAAACCGUCAAGAACAUUUUCUUAGCCGCCACUUGUUUACAUACGCCGUGUAGCUUGAAAUAUCAUCAGCAUUUGCAGUUUCUUUCUCUCGGAUGUGCUCUUAAUCCCCUCCAGCCACCGGAAGCGCUAGAUAAAGCCGAGGUUGCAAAGUGCGUCACAUCGCGGAGCUGCUGAGAGUUAACGGGACUUGCCGUCCAGCACCGACAGUCUUCCCCUUAUCUUUUUUUUUUUGCACUAGAAAAACCAGAGGUGACGUUUUCUCUCCAUCAUGGUGAAGAUCGCGUUUAACUCGGCUCUGGCGCAGAAGGCGCUGGGCAAAGAAGUGCCAGCCGCGGAGAAGGAUCCUGAGCUGGCCUCUGCUCAUGUUGGCAGCGAGGGCUCCACAGGUCGCUGUCUGCUCACCCUGCUGGGCAUCGCCUUCAUCCUCAGUGGGCUCAUCGUGGGGGGAGCAUGUCUCUAUCGAUAUUUCACCCCCAAGAGGCUGUAUCACGGAGCGAUGCAGUUCAAUGAUGUGUCAGCUGGAGCUGGAGGAGAGAACCGGCCGUACUACCUGCCCCGGGUGGAGGAGGAGGUGGAGAUCUCUGACAGCAUGGCCGUGAUCAGCGUCCCACCUCCCCGCUUCAGACCUGGAGACCCUGCUUACAUCCUCCAUGACUUCAAUAGGAAGCUGACAGCGUACCUGGACCUGACCCUGAGGACCUGCUUUGUGAUUCCUCUGAACACCUCAGUGGUGCUCCCCCCACAGGACCUCAUUGACCUCUUCUCACAGCUGAUGUCUGGCUCUUACCGCAGCUACUUGGUGCACGAGGACCUGGUGGUGACGGAGCGUAUCGAGGAUAUCAAGCCUCUGGGCUUCUAUAUCCGCCGGCUGUGUGACGGAAAGGAGACAUACAGGAUGCAACGCCGCUCCAGCCUGCCAGGUCUGGAUGGACUGAACAGUGGAGGGAUCCAUAAGCGCUCUGCAGACAAAUGUUUCACCAUCCACCACUUUGAAAACAAGUUUGUGACUGAAACCAGGAUCUGCAAGGCUUGAUGGGAAUGCAUAAGCGUAGGUCAGAAAGCAAAUAAGAGAGAGCAAGUGACCAGAGAGAGAGAGAGAGACUAAAGAGUAGGAGGUAAUCUUGAAGCAGGAAACAACUUUUAGCAGAAAGUUUCUUUUGUAUAGAACUCUUAACUCCCCUGCUUUAACCCCAGUGAUGAAGUGAAUUUUUCCUUACGUUGUCGUAUAGCAAACCCCUUUCUGCUUCACUUUCCUGAACCUGUAUAAAUCAUCGCUCUCUUGCUCAAAUACUCACUAGUUAGUCUCGUACUGAUAACCAGUGUUAGCCUGCUUUCUAAGGAGUUAAAAUCCGUCUUAUUUGUCAUUUCUGUUUCUGUUUUGUUGCUGUAGCUUCCUUCUGACUUAUCUUAUUAUUGUAACUGUAAUACAACAUCCAGUCACCUCCAGACGAGGGUUAUUACUCCUACUACUGAAUAUCCUAGAGUUACUGAGAAGUCGUCGAUAUCAGACGUGUCUGUGCGUCCGCCUACUGUUCUGAUCUGCUGUAUGUUAUAUUGUGAUUUAGCACUAAGUCACCCUGGAUAUGUUCGGUACAGUUUAGCUACAGUACACGUGUAACAUGGUAGUCAGUGUCAUUAACGGGGGGGAACUAACCCAGAGCUCACAGUCUCCAUUUUUUAGUAGACGUUUCCCAGAGUGCCCUGCUGCUCCCAGAGGCUCUCUGCUGUCCUACUGUGAUGUUUCUUUUAUUAAUGAUGUCAUACCUGAAGGUGAACAGUCCAGCACUCUAUACGACCAGUGUUUGUGUUUGUGUAGUUGACUUUAUAUGUGACACUAGAACCUGAAGGACAAGUUGAGCAGACAUGAAGUGAAUAAGCUAAAGGGAAAUUAUGUCAAAUUUUGUGAAUUUUUAUAUUGAUGAAUUUCUUGUCCAAUAACAUGAACACGAGGUUACUUGAAAUAAAUAUCUCAAUACAAGAGGCGUCAAGUUUUGCAGCUAAAAGACUGGAUUUACAGUUUUCACAGGAACAGUUUAAUGCAUAAAAAUACUCCAAUAAAUCCGUACACCUGAUUUGAAUAAAAAAAAAAAAAACUCUGAAAAAGAACAUUUGGAAGUGUGAAAAAUGGCCUUUUGCCAAAUAACUCAUUUUCAGUGGUUUCCAAGACGAUGCCUGCACAGAAAGACAAUCAGACAGGAAGUGUGCUUGUUUUAAAAAAAAAAAGGGUUACUGUCUGAGCUUUUUUUAACAAUACUCAAAUGUGAUUAAAUCCAAUGUUGUGUCCAGCUACUGAAAUGAAUUUCACUUUUGUCAUGAAAUAAAGUUAAAUUUCUCUA